CUUCUGUUCCCUUCCAAGACGUUUCAUUUCUUGUCAACUGCAAGAUGCCUCCUCUGUGGUUGUGUGAUUGGGUGAAUUGUCAAUACCCGGCCGUCCAACGGGCCGGGGACUGUGUGCUCUGCGACCGGCAUCUUUGCCGGACUCACUUGCGGGACCAGUGGCAUGCGUGUCCGAAGCCAGAGACGAACUGGAGCGAGUACAGCGCCCGGUAUGUAGCAGCAGAGUCGCGGCGGCUGGAGGAGUUGUGUCGGCGGAUCGACGGCGGGAAGCUAUGUGAGCGCGCGUCACAAGUGCGCAGUGACGCCAACGUACCUUGCGCAAUCGACCUCUCCCCGAAGAAGCUCUCGGCCAUGAUGGGCGGGCAGAACUGUCAUGCCGAGGUCGUGUUCGCGGACGGCGUGGUGUGGCUCGCGCGAUUCCGGGUGCCUAGCCCCAUAUCGCCGCCGGUAGAUGUGCGUGACUACGUGCUGCGCAGCGAGGCCGCGACCAUGGAGUUUCUGCAGCGCCAUACGCGAGUCCCCUCUCCGCGCGUGUUCGACUGGGCCUGCGAGUCCGAUCCGGCGAAUGCGGUAGGCGUUGGCUAUAUCCUGAUGGAGAAGCUGCAGGGCACGCCGCUGGACUGGCAGGGCGCAACGACCGCGCAGAGGGAGAAGGUCGUGCGGCAGCUUGCAGACAUCAUGCUCGAGAUCGAAAGGCACCCUUUUGACAGGCUCGGAUCGCUUGUGGCACCGGCGGUGGCGGCGACAGUGCCCCAGAUACAGGUGCAGAGUCUGGCACAGCAUUCCACGUUCCAGUCGGGCGAGGACGAUGGUCCGUUGGGGCCGUUCUGCUCGUCGCGGGAGGCCUCGCGUGCGCUCGUAGAGGCGCACCUCCGGAUGAUCGCUGGCGGUGAGAUUGGGACGGCCGAAAACGCGGCGGACGUGUUUCUAGCCCACCGGUUCCGACUCGACGUUCUGGAUAGAGUCUGGAAGGCGACCACAGCAGCAGUGGGUGAGGAGGAUGAGAAGUUCUUCCUUAAGCAUGCGGACGACAAGGGCGACCACAUCUUCGUAAACGCCGACUUCGACAUCGUGGGCGUCAUCGACUGGGAGUGGUGUAGUACCGUGUCCAAGGAGGAGGCCUUCUCCUCGCCGUGCAUGAUGUGGCCGGUCGCAGCGUUCUACGACGGCUCAAACGAGCUGGCGGAUGAAGAGCUGCUUCUGGCCCGCGUGUUCUGCGAGAGGGGCCGCGAGGACCUCGCCCGCUGCGUGCUCGACGGGCGGACGGUACAGAGGUUCUUGUUCGCACUCGGUCCCGGCGGGGCGUCCCACGAGAACAGGAGAACGUUUGCCUGUCUUUUCAUGGGCCUAAAGCGGGCGUUCGAUCCGGAGCAGCAUGGCGGUACAGAAGAAGAGCGAGGGAGAGAGGAAGAAGAGUGGGAGGUUUGGAAAGCAGGAGCGCUUGUGAAGUGGAAACAUGAUGGUCUGUUGCAGGCUAUACUGAAGAGCAAAUGACAAGUCGCCGAAC